AGGCUGGAGGCCGUAAAGCGUGGCGGUCGUGCAGGGUUUGUAGGGUGCGUGUGAGACACUUUCGGUCAUGCAAAAUGAAUAUCUACGACCCUGCGUAUGUCACCAACUUCACGGGAUUAGUGAACGCUCACGCUGCGGUGAGCUGGUCGCCGCACAACCGGAUCUCGGUGAUCACGAACGAAGCCGUCCGCAUUUUGAGCUCCCCGUGUUCACCGAGCGAAAGCGGGUACCCUCUGCACCUGGAGAAGAUGUGCAUCGACAACCCUGUGAAGCCUCUGGACCUCACCACAAUCAAACAUGACAGCAUGAUUAGUUUCCUGGAUACUGACCAGCAGCACUGCCUGAAGCUGGAUACCACCAUGUGCCCCGGUACCAGCAACUCGGAUCUCCACAGGACAUACCACAGGGCACUCUGGUCCCCUCUUCACCUGGAAGGCAGGAACAGAUGUCUGCUGGCCACACUGACGCUUGAUCAUCGGCUGCAGCUGUGGCGCGAGAACGCGUUUGGCCAGUGGCUGUGCGUGGCCGAGCCGUCUGCAACAUACUUUGCCGUGGCCAAGGCUCGCUGGAAAAGCCAGGACUGGGCCUCAGUCAGGGGCACUGUGAGGGCGGGCACGACCAUGGCACUCGAGCAGUUCGAGCUGCUCAGGGAGCGGUCCCACUCCUUGGCUGCUCUGGAAAUGAGCUGGUCCCAUCUGUUUGAGCCUCCUCACGAGAGGCCGUUUGCGCUCCUGGUGGAAGCCACGCGCUCUGGCCUCCUCCUCUUCUGGAAGGUGCAGCGGGUCGGCCGGAAAGGGAGCUUUGAUCUGAAGCUCUUGAGGGAGGAGCAGACCAAACUGACACGAGCAGCCAGGCUUUGUUGGCAGAAGACAUCUGCAGACUCGGGGUUCCUUGUUCUGGGAUCGAAUGACGGAACGAUUAAUUUGUUGCCGCUGAAACUUUGUGGCAGUGACGAAUUGGUUGUCGGUGCCUGGCUCAAUUUGUGGGAGGAUGACCUGAUUCCAGCACAGCACGCCUUGUGCAAGGCUUGUUCGGACAAUACCUACUUGGUGUGCGUGGCCAAGGGAUGCUUUCUACUCUGCUUCAGGGUGGCACAAGACGAUCAGGCAGAGCCCUCCCUCUCCCUGAAGGGGAGCAACUUCACCAAGGAGGCUUGCGAGGCUCACAUCACGGCCUUUGACCAGUGCCCAUCGACAGAAUGGGAGCUGCAUCUCCUUGCGUGCACGAUGAGUGGGCACAUCGUGGAAGUCAAGGUAAACAAAGAGUUGCAGUUUACCAAUGAGAGGUUGAGCAUCGAGCUUCCCUGGAUGCUGCAGCCCGUGGGACUGAACAUAUCCCCAAACGGCAUCUUCAUGGCCAUCUUCUACCACAUUGCCACACCAUACAACUACAAUGUUAUCAGGGAGCCAUUGCAGCUGACAAUCUACAAUCUGGUCUCCGUGGAGCUGGCUUGCCAGCGGCUGCUGAGCAGGGCAGCUGAGCAGGGCUCGGAGGGGGGGUUGUGCUUGCUGGUGGACUGCCUGGACAGGGUGCACUCUUUUGCGAGCAGCACCAGUGCACUGCCCCAGCCACUAGAAGACUUUGUUAGAGAAAGCAGGGAGCACCUCUCAAAGCUCUCGUCCUUUGGGCUGAAGCUUUUCAGCUUUCUUACAAGAAUCAAUGUGUCCCUGAGCAAAGGGGAGGAAUCGGAUGUGUCAAGAACGAACGAAGAGGUCCUGUGGCGUCACGUGUCGGCCGUCGUCGAGAACUGCAAUGCAGAAUCUCUGGACGCCCGGCAGGUGCGGUCUCUCCGUCACUUCGCGAGCUGGAUGGCGCUGACAAACCGCACUCCUAACAAGAGGCUGGGCAUCCUCCUCGAAGCAGCGGGGCGUCCGCAGUCCGAAACGACGACAGCAACACUGCAGCCGCUGCCGUCGUCGGAGACGAAGGCCGAAGACGAACAUAGCGAGAGCGGUGUGGAGAGCUGUCCGAUCUGCAACUGUGGCGUGCUGGUGGAGAACCUGGAUUCGUGGGAGUGCCUGAAUCAUCACAAGUGGGGCCGCUGCAUGCACUCGCUCCUCGUGUGUGACGAAAGCCCAAAUCGAAGGUGCGUUCCGUGCGGGCUGCUGUCUCAUCGGACGCCCGUUUGGACGGACGACGACCCCCUCUGCUUGUUUUGCGACACAACGCUCGUGUGAUCCUGUCUGUGUGUGAAAGUGAUGGGAGGCGGAGGGCACGGUAGAGAUUUAGCCCGACCGACUUUUGUGGCGUGCAAUGACGCAGUAUUAUGGAUAGUCUUCGCAAUGGUGCAGCGUGCACGGGCGUCGAGAGCAGAAAGAUUUCGUCGUCAAAGCUGGGUGGCACAGCACGACGAGUUUAGACUCAAACUUUCCUGUUACAAGCGACGCUUCGUUAGGUGUUCUGGUUUCCGUCUGCUAGACAUGUUCUGUACAAAGCACAAAUGAAGACAUGUUCCUGGAACAGUUGGUUCCGUUCAUCUUGUACUCAAUGUUUUGGGAAGUGUUGGAUUAAGGAUUGUUAGUAUACCACAGCUCAGUACUAGCAUGUGGAGUGAAAGUGUGCACUACAGAUUGAGGACAUUAAUGAGUUGAAAUCUCACUCCUGCUGGUUUUGACAUAGACAGGCAUUGUACCAGCAUGUAUUCAUGAUAAUUGAAACCUCGUGAAUCAAGAGAGAUCUCCGGUUAGGAGUCAUACUACUUUGGCCAAAUUGCCUCUCUGUAGCAGAGAUGACAUGUAGUGACCACGUUUCAUGGCACACCCUAUUUUAUCAACAUUCAUACAACGAAUUUGACUUGCAUUCAAUUGCUCAAAAUUUGGUGGUCUUUCUGUGAUUGCCUUUGUUUUAGCAGCACUAGUUUGUCACAAGUGAUGUCAUUCUAAGAUUUUUGUGUAAUGUGCAUAAGUAUGGAUCGCACAAACUGAUGUCCCGAUGGAGGACCCUUGUCUCUUUGACAGAUUCAGUGGUAAAUUUGUUAUAGUGAAAUUGGGAAUUGUUGCUGCAAAAAAAGCUUACAAUGAAAUAAGCUUCGUACUGACGGAGUAGAAAGAGCUGAAACACAUAUCUUUGAAUAUAAAAUAUGUUUCCUUUAACAACACCACAAGGUGUUUUUAGGUCACAAGUUUAUCAUAGUUUAUCUGACAUUUAUGUUACUGAAGUCGAAAGCUUCAAACUUCCUCUAGGAUGAAGGUACUGGUAAAGCCAAAAGUUUAUUUCAAAUGCUUGUCUUCAGUCAAGUCGGUUGGACUCUAAUAGUUCUGUGAUAUAACACAUUUACCAGUAGCACAGUCCUUUGUAUAAGUUUACACAUCCAUCUGUUCAUUUGUUCAUCUAUACGCAGUUUCGUACAUGCCCCACUUAAGAGUUUAGAUUUGGCUUAUUUCAAAUGCAGACAUGAAAAAUACAUUCCAUAAUGCUUGCCAUCUGUGUCAUGGUAAUAUUUUCCAAGUCAUGGCUACUGCUUAUCACUGGUGUCCCAGUCACACUCUGCAUGCCCUUACUAUGUGCCUUCUCGCUCAUUUCUUGCAGUGCAUGUUUUGAACACAUUUUGUGAGUAAAAACCAAAGGGUUAGACUUUACUAUGGUGGAACCACCAUACUGCUAGCAUAGAUCUGCAGCCUUCUGCAUGUUACUGAUGUUCAACUCUGUCACGUGUACUCAGGGGCAGAGGUCGGCAUUUUAGGUCGCCCUCACUCACCCUCACAACCACACUCACCUAAGCCCCUCACUCUCCCUCACCCUCACAGCUGCACUCACCGUCAGCCCCUCACUCACCCU